ACGCCCACCUCGCGAAGCGCCAUCUUUUGACACGACUGUGGAAAAGAUCAAGUUUCGGAAGCUAGCUUUAAUAAAUUCUGCUCUGAAAAUGUGAAAAAUCACUUCUUUAGAUAGUUCAACUUUCAUUCUUUUUUGCAGACAUUCUUCCUAAACAAGAAAAAUUUAAGAAAAUGGCAAGCAUUUCUCGAGUUGUGCCUGGAGAGGCUAGCGAAUCGGAUUCUGACGACGAACUGAGAAGAGCAGCCGAACUUGUAGCGGGACGUACCGGUAGUCAGACGUCCAUCGGGGAGGAGCUGCGGCAGGCAGGCGUCGUGGUUCAGGGUGAGGCUUCGGAAACGGACAGCGAAGAAGAUGAAGAAAUGCAUCGAGCACGAGCAGAGCAACAGCAAUUUCCAUCACAGGCAAACAUUCCUCCUUUGAAAGUCAACCGAGCAUCUCGUUCGCCAUCCAUCGGCAGCCAGUCUUCCAUCAAAUCGGGAUCCUCGGCCUCACAGAUCAAGGUGUCACCCCUGGAUCCGCCCCGCUACGACACCCUCCUACAUCGGAAGCUCCGGGAGCGUAACAUCAGUCUUCAGAUCAACCUGCAGGAUGCUGUGGCUCAAGCCAUCCAGGCCAAGCACAAGGAGUUCAGUAACACCAACCAAAUGCUCACCAAAUCACAGAUGGUCAUACAGGAUGUGUGCUACAGUAUGAGGCAUUUCUCUGACGACAUCAAGCGCACCAAUGACAAGCUAGACAUCAUCAGUACCAGCGGGUAUUUACCGGAAUUUAACUUUCCUUCAAACGGAUCAUGAUGGGGAACAUUCCCUGAACUCUCCUAUUUUGAUGAAUGGGAUACAUUUACCAUAAAAUCUCUGUGUAGAGACCGCCAAAUGAGAACAAGAAAAGAGCUGUCUUUAUGAGGAGGUGGUCUUUGCGAGCAAGUUCUUGUAUCGCAUGUGUCAAUGGAGAAUUAUGCAAAGGAAACUAAACAUUAAACACAUUUCUGAAGCUGAUUUGACUGUAAAGUCAAUCACCAUGACGAUUAUUCUUGCAUGUUUACAUGUAUAUGAUCAGGAUGGAAUAUGAAAUGUGUCAGCCACUCAACAGAUGAGGGAGUAAAUCUCAUUUUUAGGGAGCUGCCUAAAUGUGCAUGUACAUAUACCAUUCCAUCUUUGAGGACGUUUCGAUCACCAUCUAAUUUUUUAUUGCCUCUGGUUUUAUCCAAGCUGGAAUGCUAGUUUCCAGAAUUAGCAGUGUUUUAUAUACUAAGGAGUAUAGGCAUGUGUAUGAUCAAUAUAUGACCUGGUUGGUGUUUCAUAAAGCUGUUCGUAAGUUAAGAGCGACUUUAAGAACGACUGGUGAUCCUUCCUUACAUCCUCAAUAAUCUCAUAAAUUAACAUUUAAUGGUGAAUAUCAAAGGAUCACUAGUCAUUCUUAAAGUCGCUCUUAACUUACAAAUAGCUUUAUGAAACGGCCCCCAGGAUGGAGUGUGUUAUUUGUGGAUCUGCCCUGCUGUUGAAUUGCCAUCAGUAUUAUUGAUUUGCUUACCAAGCGACCUACAAUCUGACUUUGACAAUGAAGCCACUAUGUCAUGAGAUCUUGAAUCAUACCAAAAAGACCUAAAAAGUCCCUAGGUUACGGAAUUCUCCAGAAAAUUUUGAGCUUCCUUGAUAACAGAUUUUAGUGUACUGUACUCUGAAGUCUGGUUUAACCUAGGCCAUAGUCUAACUCUGUGCUAAAAUUAAGGGAAGCCAAAAUUCAAAAUUUUGUUAACAUUGUGUGUUUCUUAUGUUUACUGCGUGCUUUGAUUUCAUCAUGUUACAAUGCCGAAGAAACCUGAUUCAGAUAGACAAUUAUUAAUGACCUGCGUAUGAGAUGAGCCGAUAAAUCAAACGUGAAUUGUUAAAGAUUGGUGUCACAAUUGGCUAUCCAUAGUUAAACCACAACUUUAAAUCAGAGUUUAACCAGAGUUUAGAAUAUGGCCAGUGUUUUUAAAGUACUUUGAGUACCAGUGCCCUUAUGAAUAACAAAACCCUAAUAACCAAAGGGAUGUUUCAUUAACCAUUAUGCAUGAUUUUGUGCACAGCUUUAGUUCUAUAAAAUCUUCAUAAAAUAGUGUGACAAUUUGUCUAAUUUGCUCAUCGAAAAUGUAACAAAUAUAUUUGCAUUAAAAUAAUUAUGUAUAUAAGGAUUGCCAAACAGCAUAUUUCAACUUCAGCUAAUGAGAGCUUGAAAUUGUGUUAUUCCAGUUCUUGUUCUUUUUGUAGUUUGGACCAAGUACAUGCACAAUUCGUUUAUAGGUAUGUUCUUGAAGGAAAUCACUCGAGUUUCAAAAUAAGUUUUCAGAUUUAUUACGUGUAUGAACAUUUUUAUCUCUUUUCUCAUGUCAUUUAUUCCCUCUUUAUUUCUGUCAUUCAUUUAAUACUUCAUUUUCUUUACUCUCUGCAGUCUGCAGGUACUUGUAUAAGAAGUGCAAUUUCGUGGUAGAUACUAAUUUGAUAGUGCAAUGAAAACAAAUAUUAUGUAUACUUAUACUUUUAUUAAUUAUCUUGUCAUUUAUAAAUAAAGGGUUUACAUGUAUACACUCUGCUUCAAAAGUUUCAGGAACCUUGCCUAAUAAAGUGAUAGGGAUUAUAAUUAUUUCGAAUUGAUUUUGAGUUUAUAAUUGGAUGUUUACUCUAUGGAAAUUAUUUUCUACCUUAAAUUCAAGACUUUUAUCUUUGAAAAAUUAAAUUGAUCUGUCUGAUCAUGCAUGAGUGAGUGCACAUAUUAAAAGCAGAACUGCCUUUUAUUGUUAAAGGACAAGUCCAUUCCAACAAAUAGUUGAUUUGAAUAAAAAGAGAAAAAUCCAACAAGCAAAACACUGAAAAUUUCAUUUGAACUAUUGUAUAAUUCAAACAAUAAAAAACAAAAGAAAUAGUGAGUGAGGGACAUCAUCGAUUCUCUCAUUUGCAUGUGACUAAAUUGUGCAUAUAACUAUUUUGUGAAAAACAAGCAAAACUUUAAAAUGUCAUAACUUCCUUAUUUUACAUCCGAUUUUGAUGAAAUUUUCAGCAUUAUUCUUGUCUGAUUUUUUUCUAUUGAUUUAAAUCAACGUUUUUCUAAGGUGGACUUGACCUUUGAUAAACUGGAAUGAGUGAUUUUUCAGAAUUUAUUUUGUGAAAUCCUUCUGGAUAUGGUUGUAUCAUUCAUCACUUGACUCAGUCACAUACAUGUUUUCUAUUUGUUGAUGAGCCAAAAUUCGAUAGGGAAAAUUUCCUGAUGUUCAGCCCUCAUAAAUUCAGAAUUGCUAAAUUAAA